GAACGAUCACUGGAAAAUAAAUCUAGUUUUUAAACAAUGGACCAUAUUUUCUUGCUGUUAAUAACCCUCUGUCUUUUUGGACAUACAUUUGAGGUAGACAUACCAGAUUCCGCGCUCACUCCUGAAGAUUACGAAUGCAUGUCCGCCUUGAACAUAGGAAGAGAACAAGUGGAAAGAUUUUUCGAUGGUGACUACCUAUUCGUACUGAACCUCCCUCUGGCGGACAAGUAUUCCGAAUGCUGGAUUAAGAAGAUGAACUUUGUAAACGACAAAAAUGAGUUCAACUACGACAAAUUUCGUGAAUAUGUGGUACGCGAUGUUUUACAUAAUUUGGGAAAGCAGAACGAGGCGGAUGCAGAAUAUCGCGUACGUCAAUCCAUAGACAACUGCAAGAACAUAAACGAAGAAAAUCUCGGCAGACUUGGAUCGAAAAUUUACAAUUGUGUUGUUAGAGCAAUACAUAAGUUUUAGUUUCUUGUUCACUUUGCGUUCACUGGAAAAUGUAACAAUUGUAGUAAAUUAAAAAUUACAGUCUUCAUCAAAAUUCGUCGGUUAUUAGUGAUCUAAUAAUUUUGU